UAUUAGCUAACGUACCUCGAUUGCGUAACAGUGAGAAACGCGUGAAGCGCGAUUAUAAAUCCAUUUCAUAACGUUGACUGUUAGUGCCAGAUACAGACGUAUACGCGUGUAUAUCGAAAGUGCAAUAUGUUCGCGUUAAAGCAUCCGCCUGCUAAAUACGGUAUAAGCGUAUCUUACAAUCAUACCGAGUGAUACUGUUGCAGCGUUUCAGCUUUGUCGCUGACGUCUGAAUCGUAAUUGCGUACGAAAUAUUAUAGUCCGCGAAUAGGGUUUUCCUAAUACGGCUAUACCUUCUAUGGAGAGAUAAACUACCCUACAUUAGGACGUCUAACAUCCUCUCUAACAUCUUGUAUAGAGGAACGAGCCGGGUUGUGUAACGGUUUAAUAACAAGAACUAUAUUACCGGCGUAAAAGAGCGAGAAUAUGCUUGCUGCGCGUGAUCCUCCGUUCGUGUUUUAUAAAAAUACAUGCAACUGGUCGUCCGUGUACAGAAAUAUUUCUUACCGUUUUGUACGUUAAUUGACACCACAGAUUGCGCUCCCUACAGUGGAAUAUUUCUGCCGUUGAAAAAAAAAAAAAAAAAGAAAAAAGAAUAAACCGUAUUCAUCGACGAUGGAUCGUAAUUUGCGACGGAAGAACGAGGUGGGGGGGGAGAUCUUUUUCGCGAGGACCUUUGUUACCUUUUCGUCCGCUUAUUAAGGCGUGCGUGGUAAGGACAUUGUAAAAUUCUGCAAAGCUCGUUUACGUACAGUGGAUCGUCGAUGCGUCUUGCGAAUUUUCGAAUUUACGUUACACUGCCAAGCAGAUGUUGGUUUUGUUGCAAUUCGAUACGUUCACCUUAAAACACGCAACAUCGUACGUUAUCCUGGUUAAUUUGCGUCGUGUAGGAAUCAUGUUAAACGUUUCCACGGACAAGAUAUCUAUGUUGGUGGAAAAGGUUAUGCGCGAAGGAAGGGCGAGAAAGUGGUCAUUACGAGCGAAUAGCCGCGUCGAAGUUGUGAGAACCAUAGUGUCCCGUGACUGCGUUAUUAAGCAAAAAUAUUGCACCAUUUUCAGAGCAUUAACGAACAAGUUUUACAGGGGAACGUAAACCGUGGCCGGCUCGUAUAUUAAGCUGGUUUGAAUGUUCUAUGAACGAAUACGACAAAUCCGUGCUUCGGUUCUGACCUUCUUUGGCGCGACAGCGUGGGCGCAUUUACUUCAGACGGAAUUACAGUCUGCACUUACUCCAUCUUACCUCAGUCAUUUCAGUAUAAGUAACUGCAAUCGUGAACCGUGACCGCUGCUCGUAUCAUCUGGUUUACGUAAUUACGUACGGAUACACGCGUACGUGUACCUGAAUACACAGAACGUGGAAUCGAGAAGUAAUACGCCCGGAAAUGACCACCUCUCGGUGGUCCUACGAUCAAGGAAUUUAGAAUUCGUCGAGAGUAUAGGAAGAAACUGGUUUUACCUGAAUCACGGUUUUACCAUUGGAAAAGGAAUCGAUCGCACGUUAGUCAGGACAUUGUUACAAGUUGCUACGUUAUCUGGAAACGUUAUGUCGCCAUCGCGGGAAGUAAUAAUUCCAAUUUUCGCGUUCAAGAUCGAGAACAGAACGUUUAAGAUUUUGCAAUUUUUACCCCCAUUUUCCGUACCAUUAUCUACUCGAGCAAACGUCGGUAUUAACUUCCUUAGCAAUUAUUCGAAGCUGAUACUUUAAUUUAUUUCACACACAUACCGUCUAAUCGUUAUACUCGUAACAACAUGAUGUAACAGAAAGCGUACGAUUUUAAUCGAUCGUUUAAAGUACGUUGCAUCGAUAAUUGCAAUGUAUUUCUUGCUUUUCGAUCGUCCUUCGAUCGUCGUUGUUACGUCUUCGAAUGGAUAGAUGAAAUCUAAUAUACGGAUCAUUCAAGUACAAUAUCAUAGCGAGGAAACUUGGUCAAAAGCCAGGGAAUGUAAAUCACGCAGAUAGGUUGAUCUUUCUCUACGCGCAAUUGUAGCGGAUAUGCAAAACUAGAGUAAAGUGCCAGAUGCCGUUUAACGAUUGGAACGAGCGCGAUUCAGGCUACAUAUUACCUUUGCACUCGAUCACGUGCGUUAGUGUAUCGUAGUGUAGUAAGUUGUUUUCAUUGGAAAUUUAUAUUCGUAUUCUUCUAGGACAACAUAAUCUGUACGAUGAAAUAUUGGUCGAUUAAAUUUCAUUAUACUUUUCUAUGAUCCUUGACGGACACUUUAACGAUGUUUUCGUCGUUUUCUCAUCGAUGUUUUAAUUACUUUCGUCAUCUUCGUAACUGUACCACGCGUAUCGUUACUUCAAAGAUCUGUUAUAACCAAAGUAUCAUGGCAUAUCAAAGUCGUAUAAUCGAAGCAUUUAAUAAAAAGUAUCGUCUUGUCCUCUCGGAUAAGAAAUUUUUCGAUAUUUUGGAUCGUCUCGAUCGCAUUUGCUUCGAGCAAAGAAAUGACGGCGCGUUAGACUGUUCGUACAAUCAGGGCAAUAGAGUCGCAUAUAUUGUAGUUUUCCUACUUGCCCAACGCGGAUAUCGCGUUACGUACAUAAUGUCGAGUAAAAGUACUCGCAGAUGCUUGAACCCUUAUCGUUUAUCAACUGAUUUAGCCGUUGUUGAAAGAACUGUGACACGGUAACGCGUUUUGCUUCCGCAUAUGUUGUGGCACGCUUAUCGCAUAUGGAAACCUCCGCAUAAACUACAUCUCGUUCGUGAAACUCUAAACUCGUUGUUUGUAUAGUUGUAGGGAUUUUUAUAAAAGCGAGUUAGCGUCGAUAUCGAUGCACGAUAAACGAUAUCCGACAUUUCUCAACCAUGACGGAUCGGUUUCUAUUUUGCAAGGCAAAUAGCACUUGACACGUUUGUGCAUUGCAAAAUUUUACAAAUAUACGAAUCUCGUUACCUCAUCCACUUGGCAGGCCACGCUCCAAUUCGAAUCGAAACACUAACAUGAUUCGUUUAACACAUUUUCUGCAACAAUUUAUUACAUCUGCUGGUUUAUAUUCGCCGCUAUUUAACGCAAAGUAUUUACGCCGCAUUGAUAUAGCAAUAGCCGCGCGACUGCCGAAAAUUUUCUCAUCCAAUCGCAUCGUUCGUGUCGUUCACAAAUCAUAAACACGUCCCUGCGGUAAAAUUAUGCGCUCGCCUUAUCCACUCGUAUCGCGUAAAUUACGAGUCAACGGUAGACCGGUUUCGGUCGAACUGAACCCGAAACGAAAGAGAAAUGUUCAUUUUUUAUAUUUGAAAUACGAGAAAGUAAAUUUCUGGAAUGGCUACAACGCUAUCGCAACUGGCAUCUAAAUCUAAUUUGACGAAGCAAAGUGUUUGUAUUUUGACAGGAUUCUAUAUUUUUCAUUUACUUGUUAUAAUCCAUACUGAAAAAACAAACGAACAAAUAGAACGCGAACGAUCGAUAUUCGUUGCUCGUAUAGAGUAUAUCCGUAAUACGAAAGCAACGAUUUCUUUUCCCGGUUAUGUUGGCGAAACCGGUGUACUUGGUAGUCACGUUGACUCGAUUCAUUGACAGAAAGAUCCGAAUGAGCGUUGGAAAUGUCCGAGGCGCGGCGACGAGCGCAAGCGGUUCUCGUUCGGCGGAGCCGCCCGCGCAGCGACUCGGCCGCGCCGAAGGGGGCCGAGAUUGGCCGAGGCCGAACGAACGCGGACGAAUAGUCGGCUCGAAUCGCACUGCCGCGAUGCAUCGGUUCGAACGCGCGCACGGGCUGGCUGUCUCGCUUGUCUCCCUAGUGCGUCGUUCGAGGUUCGUCCUCUCUCGUUUCUCCGUUAUCGCGAAUCGCGACGGCGCGGUGGCGUGUUCGGGUUUUCGAAAAUACGCGCGCUACCGCGACCCGUCACCGACACCGGCGUCGUCUCACCGCGCUCUCGCCUGACGUUUCCGACGUCACCGGUAAGCCCGCAAACAUUUUCCCCGAGUCCGACUGAGUGACUCGAUGAACUCGUUGCCCGCGUGACACUUGAAUACGAUCGUCGACGCGCGCGCACGUCGUUAUCCAUCGACCGACACGCGGUUUCGAACAUCGUUCGUGACAGAUUCUCACCGUGUCUCAUCACGCUUCGAACUUUGUGCAACGUUUCCACGCGAACCUCUUGCUGCGUCCGCGUAAUCGUGCUAUACGUCAUCGGGGGUUAAACGACGAGCGACGAAGGAAGACAAACGCUUGGAACACCGAAAGUGUGAUAUAUGUGCCAAUUGUCGAACUAACCUUUACGUUAGUGCAUGCACGUGCCGCGUGGCUGUCUACGACUUGAAGUUUCCGCUGUUAUACGAAAUACGCGCCGAUUAGCUACGCGAGGACCACAAGUUCCAAAGUUUUGUUUUAGAGGAGAAACGGCAAAGGGUCGAUAGAUUGACAAAGUGAGAAAAGCGAUCCCAGAACCAGGCCCGUUAUGGAUUCCUAUCCGAUGGGGGCACUAUGCAGACCGAGGAAAUCGUGUCUCGCGCGCAAUCUACUGGUAUAGACGGUUGCCCCACGGACGACGCUUCUCUGCACCAUCAUCCGCAUCGUUCGUCGCGUGUAAAGUGUCCGCUGCCACCUCUGCUUCACAUGGCGGUCAAGCAGGAGCCACAGGAGGAGGAGGAACGAAGUCGUGACACGAAUGCGUUGAGUCCUCAAGUAGAUGCAGACGUUUCGCCGACGUCCGUCGAUGGCAAACACGGACAUGGACACGAAACCAGCCAUCAUCAGAUUCAAGAACUGGAGGAAAGCGCAGGACAGGCUGUUACGGAUCUCAAUAGCCGAGGAAGGCCGAGCCGAGGCCGCAGGAAGUCGCGAUGGAAGCUCAAGUUUCAUCACCAGGCGCUGCCCCCGGAGUACCUUGACCACUACGAGGCGUCCCUUGCUCAAGAGGCUUUAAACUCAUCGCCGACGCGGCUAACGGAACCGACGAUUCCGAGCCCGGCGCCAACCAGCUCUACCUCGACGCCGAGUCCCAUCGCCGACGUGCACGGCUGGCUGCAGCGGAUCGCCGCGAUGCAACAAGAGCUGUGUCCGCGGAUCUCGUCGUCGCAAUGCUCGCCCGUAAAUUCGUGCCAAGCGUCGGGCUCCAGGAGGUCCGUGAUCACGUCCACCUCCACGCACGCGUUGAACACGGGCCACCAUAAUCAUAACCACGGUCACGGUCAGCAGCAACAGCCGCUGUCUCAAGGAUCCGGCAGGCCGCCGAUGAAAUACUCGGAUCUGCCUUACAUGGGCGAGAUCACGCUGGACAACAGCAAGCCGCGACGCGGUAGGAAACCGAAGAAAGCCGACAUUUGCCAUUUGAUCUACAAGAAUUACGGCACCAUACUACCCGGCACUCCUGGCCACGAGGAGAGAAGGCUGUCGCCGAGGGACAAGCUGGACUGCCGCGAGAGGAUCUCGCCGCAGAUGCCGUUCCAACGAACCGACGUUCAGAAUAGAAUCAGUAGCUUGUUGGAGAAACGAUUGACGCAGGAGUCUCGACGAAGCUUCGGCGCGAUGGAAAACUCGAGGGAGCAGGACGAGCCGUUGAAUCUCUGUAUCAGAGACUUGAAUCAGCUGAAAAUCAGGCUACUAAGAAAACACGGCAACGUGUACGAGUCUGGGCAGGUGAAGAGCGAGACGUCCAGCGACGGAGAGGAGAUCGAGUGUAUAGGCGCCACGUUCCCUUCGGAACCGGGCUACCGUUCGCUGGAUCAUCUCGGUCAUACCACCGGCAACAACGUGAAUCACAACAACAACAACGUGAUCGAGCCGGUGUUGGGUGGCAAUCCCGGAUUCGUGUAUUGGCCGAACGCCGGAGUCUUUAUCCAUCCGAUGGCGUUGCAAUCGCAGCUACUCUACUACCAAAAGAUGGCACAGAACGACAAAUGUUAUCCCCGAGGUUUGGACCAACAUCCGAAGGAGCAGAAGAUCGUCCCUAAAUCGAUAUACUCCAUGAUGGAAACGAAGAGUCCGCCUCUGUUGCCAGCCACGGUCCAACCGGCCUCUCAAACGUCCUCCGUGCCGCCUCCUGUCUCGCCCAGGCCGAAGAGGAACGCGUCCGUGGUUCAGGCUCAGGGACAGCCGACGAAGAGGAAACGAUCCGCCAUAUUCAUCCCGCCCAUGCCAUCGGAGAACAACAACAAUCCAGCGACGGAAGUGAGCAUAUGCAAAUUUAAAUUCACCGGAGGUGCGAAGCCCAGUCUACAGGAGAAGAAGAGCCUGUCGGUGGAUUCAGGCGGCAACUUUAGAUACUACAGCGGCACCGGGGACAAGAGUAUGCGCGGCUACGAGUUCUUUCCGCGAGAAGCGCUUCAACAGUCGGCAGGGCAAUCGGGUUCCUCGACGGGAGCUUUUCUCAACGCCGCCGGCGAGAGGAUUCAGCCGACAGCCUGCCAGAGGAGCGGCAAUCAAGAAGAAGGUCGUCGCAAGAGGAAGACUCGAAAGUCCCUUCAGAGGGAGAAGCUGGAGCAAACGUUCAAGGAGAAAGGAUUUCUCAUACAGACGCAGCAGCUGGAGUCCGCCGAGGGCGCUACUUACUGCAAGUUCCGGCAGCUUAGGAAAUUCACCAGGUAUCUGUUUAGAAGCUGGAAGGACUACCUGCCGGGGAAUGUGCGCGAGCUGACGGGCGCUCCGGACAACGAAAUGGCCGACGGAGACGCGGAGAGCGACACGAACGUGUUACCGUCGCCGGUCCCUCGUGCCAAUAUGGUGGACGUUCCGGCUGGCUUCGUCGACGAGCAUCGCGCUCUGCCUCUGACGUGAAACGUUGAAAUUGCUGCCCGAGGCGGUCGGACGAUUCCAACUUGACGCUACUUUUGCCACUCUGCGGAGUAGGCGCGCGACGCUUCCUGACAUCCAGCGGAUAUCGAUCGGUUCGACGAUCGUUCUUUUUCUUGCCAGUGCUCGAAGCGAAGAACGGCCAGCAUAUUGUACAUAGAUUUCGAAGGACGACGGUAGAGUGAUUCUGCGGCGAUCGAUCUCGAUGAAAAGAACGGCCAAAUAGUCGAGAGGAGUUCUUCCUCCAAGCGAGUUUCGUAUGUCCGUGUUUCGUAUCCGACGAUCGGGAAAAUUAUCAGCUAACGAAACGAAACUUUGGUAAACGAUAAACUGCGUAUCGUAGGACGAUAUUCCUUAAGCCGUGAAAAAUGUAACGAUACGUUGCCGAUGAGCUUUGGCUGACGGAAACGUAACGGGAAUUAAAAACGGAAGAAACGUUUAGUUUCCAAGGAGGAAUCGCUUUUCGAAAUUAACGGAUAAGAAAACGCCCGAGAUUGUAAAACGCGAUUGUUAAAUCUACUCGAAGCAGGUGGACGUUGCUGGUCGUCUCGUCCAUCGAGUUUGUUGGUUCAGCGACGUCUGCUUUUCACGAUUUUCUAGCCAUUCGUCGAUCGCGCGUCACUCUGUAUCGCGAUGCCUGUUACGAGUCUCGAUCGUUGUUGCUAACGUCAUAGCGUUUAUCGCAUUCAUCGGCGUUAAACUGCCUUGUUACGGUAUUUUUGAGAAACCUAAUUAGCGCAACGUAAAAGUAGCCAAUCGAUUAGGGCGUAGAGCGCAGUUUUAACGCGUUAACCUGUUACGCGAUUCUCCUAAUAAUUCGUGUUUUCGAUGUUUAUCCGCCUUUUGCUCGAUCGUGUUUAUUUCAAAUUAUCUAAAAAUCAUCGCCAAAUCUGGUCGAUUCUUCGAUGGAUCGUCAAAUCGAGAACGCGGUCGCGUACGUUCGCGAUAUUCGAAAGACUCGGUCGACGUCGUUUCUCCUUUAUCGAAUUUAUGAUGUUGGCCGAAGAAGUUGCCGAUUAAGAAACGUAACGCAGCGAACGAGGUAACAGGUUAAACGCGAGAGACAAUCGCGUAGCUUUCGCUGUGCGCUCGCGAUCAACCACGGCUGACUGUUAACGUCACGACGGUUCGGUAUCGAGACUUUACAACGCGUGUAAAAUACGACGCGCAUCGUGCACGUCGCGUUCUUCCGACAAAUCGAAAAACAGCCGCUCGACACGGUGGCCGUUGAGAACUUCUUUUAUCGAACUUUCCCUUCGUAUCUUGUUCUUAUCGACGUACGCGCGCGUUGCUAAAUAUCGCGCGCGGAUUUCGAGAUUUCGUCGCUACCGUCUUGCGCCAAGGCGGAGAGAAAGAGCGAGAGCGCAAGAGAGAAGAGACAGCGGCGUGGUAUCGUCGCGUAACGUGAUUUAAUAAUAAUGUUAAUUCGAUCGUAGCUCGUGCCAAAGAUGGGAGACUGGAAUGUACAUAGCGCUGAAAGAACGUGUUUGUCGUAGUUAACCAAAGAGCGUGGUUUCGUGCUCGCCGAUUAAAAGCGGAUACGGAUGUAAUCUUCGCGUUAAGAAACGAGAGGCGUGACGCGAUAAAUUCAGCUUUCUAGCUGGCCCGACCAUGGCCGAGGCGAGACUUUCUUCGGCUUUCGAUUUUGCGAUACGUUUCGCGAGGCUUGUCCGCUUCCAGGAACAGACAGCAAGAACGAGAGGCAACGAGAUCGGGGAAAGAAGAGAAUACGUAGGUUGAGAGAGAGCGAGACUCGGCAUGGGGAAUAAUCUCGAAGGAGGAAACGGAAUAACGAGAAGAGAGCGACAGAAGAGGAAACGGGCAAAGCCCGUUCUAACUAUACGAUUAUCGUGAUUAUUUUUUAAUCGUAAAUUACUCGCCAAUCUUAUUUAAUAACGCCUAACGAAAUCUAGUCUUAUUUAUACUCUUUGUUAAAUCAAAAGCCGUGUUUUUUUCUUUAUUAUUAUUAUUAUUAUUAUUAUUAUUAUUAUUAUUAUUAUUAUUAUUAUUAUUAUUAUAUGAUUAUUAUUAUUAUUAUUAUUAUUAUUAUUAUUAUUAUUAUUAUUAUUAUUAUUAUUAUUAUUAUUAUUAUUAUAGAUGACGGUUUAUUUAUACAUGUACAUACAUAGUCGUACAUAGUUUAUGUCGGUGAGUGGCGUUUAUGAAGAUGUAAUCGAAUGGAAGAAAAGGCGUAAACGUUGGUGGAAACACGUGAUCGAAUGCGUCGAUCGAAAGGACGGAGAUCGUCGCGUUGGCGCCUCGUACACGUCCGACGAAAACGAUAGGAGAAGGUUUGAAACGAGAAUGAGAAACGAUCGUACCUGAGACUCGCGGCGCCUCCUUCGAUGGGACGUGCUUUCGUCGACUUUUCGCUUUCACGAUGCCCCGUUUGCGGAUGCCCGGCGUGUUCGUAGCGAUUCGACGAGUUCGUAAACGCGCCGAUGGAUCUCCGUCGUUGGAGGAGAAACUGCGCGUUGAAAACAACGACGACGAUAAGCGACGGAACGAGGGAAAAUGCAACAGGAACCGUCCUAUACCCGUGUCGUUAUUGUCCUGUGCAGCGACAAGCAAAACUAUUUUGUACGUAUUGCCGAUAGCGAGGACAUCGGUUCUUAUAAUCUGUAAUAAUAAAACGUAAUCGUCACUGA